AAUGUCUCCUCCUCCAGUUUAUUCCUACUACUACUACUACUACUACCAAAUAUGACCAAGGAAUUUUCAUUCCAAAGCUCUCAAAUUUAUGCUUUCGAGGGAGAGCUAGCGAAGCAGCAGACGAGUUGCGCCCUCCUAAUAGCAACCAUUGAUUCUAUGGCACGCACCCUCUUCUGCCUGCUGAAUAUCGUUGCCAAGUUAUGCUUCUUCUUCUAUCAUGCAAUUGCAAGGAAUACGGGAUUCACCAUCGAUCUAAUCCGCCGAGACUCCCCUAAUUCUCCGUUCUAUGACCCGAAGAAUACUCUGACUCCUGAGCGCUCAAGGCGGCAUGCUCACCUAGGACUGAAUGGCGAUCACUUCAUCAUCAAGGCCCCAUCAUUCAACGUAAGGAUUCCUCAGUCUCAUAUAUUUCCUGACAAUGGACAGUACGUGAUGAAGCUUGGUCUAGGUUCCCCUCCGGUCGAUAUAUAUGCCCUAGCGGACACGGGGAGUGACCUGUUCUGGACACAGUGCCUUCCCUGCGACAGUUGUUACCAGCAGAAGAAUCCCAAAUAUGACCCUAGAGCAUCCGCGACGUACAAAGACAUCCAGUGCCAGUCCCAACAAUGCCAUCUACUGGACACAGUCUUUUGCUCGGCCCCACCAGCCAUUCCGAACUUGUGCAACUACACCUACGGUUAUGCGAGCGCUUCCUUAACGCAGGGCUUUCUCGCUACAGAAAAGAUCACCCUGACUUCUAACACAGGUCAGCCCGUUUCCAUACCGAAUAUUGUGUUUGGAUGCGGGCACAAUAAUACAGGAGGCUUCAACGAGAAUGAGAUGGGCUUAAUCGGGCUUGGGAAGGGGCCCAUCUCUUUCAUCUCGCAGAUGGGGUCCGCCUUCGGCGCCAGGAGGUUCUCCCAGUGUUUAGUCCCGUUCCACACCGACCCUAGCAUCUCGAGCAAGAUGAGCUUUGGGGUUGGGAGUGAGGUUAAGGGCCCCGGAGUGGUCUCAACUCCUAUGGUACAUUUGCAGGAUCCGACCUACUACUUCGCGACAUUAUAUGGCAUCAGCAUCGGUGACAAGUACCUUCCGUUCAACUCUUCUGGGACAGUCUCCAAAGGGAACAUGUUCUUGGACUCAGGGACGCCUCCUACGAUUGUCCCCACUGAUUUCUACAACCGACUGGAGUCGGAAGUGAGGAGCCAAGUAAAGUUGACCCCAAUCGAUGACCCGCAGCUCAGGCCACAGCUCUGCUAUGGGAAUGAUAUUCAAGCUCAAGGGCCUAUACUGACAGCACAUUUCGACCGGAAUGCAGACUUAAAAUUGACACAAAAGAGCAUAUUCAUCGAGGCGAAGCCUGGGAUUUUUUGCUUCGCUAUGGUGCCAACCAAUAGCAGUGGCAGUAUAUACGGUAACUUUGUUCGGACGGAUUACUUGAUUGGAUUCGAUACAGAUAAGAAUGUGAUCUCUUUCAAACAGACUGAUUGUACCAAGCAAUAGACAUUUUCUGGGGAUGUGGGACUUCUUUCUUUUCGGUAGAUUAUUACGAUGAUCGAUUUAUAUCAUCAUGCAUAAGAACAUUAAUGAAAAUUAACAAAAAAUCAGAUCCCCCCCCCCUCCUCUUAACUUUUAUGUUGCCUUAAUUUAUCCAACUAGUCUUUUUA